GGACGUUGGCUCAUUGCGAUCCGCGGCCGCAUUGCGUGAGACGACGAGUCGACGUCCGCCCCGCCGUCAUCAGUCACGCAGGUUAUGUCGCGCUGAGUCCGACGGCGCGCAUAUCGAAAUCGCGUUGAAAAUUCGCACGUGGAACCGCGCGUGAAUCAAUCUCGGCCCGCGACUCCGCGUGCGAGAGAUCGAACCGGGAUCGAACGUAGGAUCGCGCGACGCUCCGUCCUCCAUUAGGGAAAUCGCGUGCACACCCUCGGGAGUCUUUUUCUCGCGUGCUGCGCAACGGGUGCCGCUAGGAAACAACGCCGGGUGUACGAGGAUCCGCGUCUUCCUUUUCGGCGGACGUGAUCGCGGGGAGGAGGGAAAGAAAGAAAGAGAUAGAAAAAAAGAGCCGCGUCCAGAUCGACGCGCGAAGAAAAAGGCGACGCGACAGAACAGACUGCGAGAUGUCGGCGUCUCCCAUCGCCAGACAGGCGACCCAGAGCCAGAGCAUACCAUCCAAGAGGGUCGUAAUUCACGAUCCCAACCAGCUACCGGCCGACUACUCGUCCACGCCCGGAGGCACGCUUUACUCCACGACGCCGGGAGGUACUCGCAUCGUAUACGAACGCGCGUUCCUGAUGAAUCUGCGGAACUCUCCGAUAUCGCGAACGCCGCCGCGAAAUACGCUGACCAUACCGUCAGAGUUGCUGAAGGGCAGCACACCGGCCAUCACGAGGGAUCCCGCCAAAAAUAUUAAUAAAGAUUCUCUGGUGAUCGAGGAAUCCGCGGAGCAGUUCGAGAUGGACAUGUGAGGCAGAUACAACGUGUACGUCGUUCAGGACGAUUGAAAUGUGUUCGUAGCCAUGCCCGAGAGUAUUGCCGAUCUUUUUUGCGGCAAUCGCACGGGGUACAUGGCUGACACGCCCUUAAUUCUGUGCCUUUUUUACCAGUGGUCUUACUAAGAAUCAUGAAUCAUGAAGGAUUUCUGUCCUCAAAAGGCCAUAUCUUAUUCAUAUGUAUUGUAUACAAAUCAUUUAAUUCUCGACGCUAGUUCUUGGCCAAUGUAAUACGUAUAUUUGCAUAUAAAGAACAGCCGUGGAUGUGAAGGUGCUUAUGUCUACGCGACAUAAGCGAUCUCUUACAUGUCUUCCUCUUUUUUCUAGACGGCCAAAUGCGACGCUUUUCGUAACGUGUUUCGUAAGGAACUUGUAUCUGUGAAUAAAUGAUACAUACGUUUUAUACAUACAUAAAUUUUACUCUUGUUAUUCCGUACAUUGUACAAAGACGUUUCACUCGUAUGAAAUAUGCGAGGAUUAUAUCGAACAGUGAGAAGUAUCGUAAAACUAUAUUUUUGAGCAAAAGUAUCUUGUGAUAGUUCGAGAUCAAUCAAGCUGUAUGUAUAAACUGCGUAAUAAAAACUUUGUACAAUACAAUGAAAA